AUGGUGCUGUGCAUUAUCGUGGUGAAACAUGAGGUGAUGGCGGCGGAUGAAUGGCACGACAAUGGGCCUCAGGAUCUCAUCACUUUGAAACCAGGAUUCAUCCAUGAAGAGCACACUUCUCUAGCAGCCAUCGAAGGGGAGCAUUUUCCAACUGAAUUCGUUUACGACACCAAACUGCAGUCAGGUCAAGACCCCCCGCUCGCUGCUACGCUCGCCAUCCCCUUCUGGCAGUGGUUCCUCACCAAGUUUGGCAAGAAGACAGCUGUGUACAUCGGCACCUCUUCUGUGAUCCCCUUCAUGAUCCUGGUGGUGUGUGUGAAGAGUAAUCUCAUCAUUACUUACCUCGUGUCGUUCGCUGCCGGUGUCGGAGUUGCUGCUGCCUUCCUGUUGCCAUGGUCCAUGUUGCCAGAUGUGGUGGAUGACUUCCAGGUCCAGAACCCAGACUCUCGGGGUCACGAAGCCAUCUUUUAUUCCUUCUACGUCUUCUUCACCAAGUUUGCCUCUGGAAUCUCUCUGGGGAUCUCUACUCUCAGCUUGGAUUUUGCAGGGUAUAUGACUCGAGGUUGCACCCAGCCUGAGAACGUGGAUAUAACCCUGAAGGUUCUGGUCUCCGCGGCGCCCAUAGGACUCCUUCUGAUUGGUCUGGUCAUAUUCCGCUCUUAUCCAAUCGACGAAGAGAGGAGGCAGGGCAACAGGAAGCUGCUGCAGGAGCAACGGGAAAAUGAGGCCGACUCCGAAACCGACUCGACAGAACUGACAAACAUGGUGUAGGUUCUAGAACACUCAUGGACCAAUGGCGUGACUGAUUGUUGCUUGCACUGGGUGGGGCUAAUGA